UCCCAAAACUGACAUACUUAAAAUUUACCAUAUAGAGUUAUCCCAACUUUUAAGUGGAAUCAAUAAUUAUGUUAAAGUGAGACAGAGUGAACCCAUCAAAACAAUCUGUUCCAAAACUAAAAAUAGUCAGACAAAAUUGAAAACAAUGGAACAGAAUACAAAUACUUUUGUUUUAAAAAUUAGAAGAUAUGAUCUCACUGAUAAUCCUCAAGAAAUAGAAAAAACUAUACAGUUGAGCCCUAAUACAGAAUACGCAGUAUUGAAGAAGCACAUGCAAGAUAUUUGUGACAUUAACCCUGAAACCAAAGUUUUUAAGUUAAGGAACAGUCAAGGUGUGCUAAUUCCUCUCUCGUUUUUACUUGACAAUGACAAUAAGUUCUUCUAUGUUGAUGUAAACAAUGUAUCUUAUGUUGCAAAUACAAAUGCUAGUUUAUUGCAAGAUGCUUAUGUGGAUGCCAUACAUCACAAAGUAAAGACAAUUGAAUCAAGAAUAGCACAGGCUGAAUUACUAUUGCCUCAGCUAGAGUGGAGAAGGCAGUCUUACAUGGAAGAAGUGGUUAAUGGAUUGUCUUCGAAAGUUAGUUUCUUAAACAGAAGAUUUGAUGAAUUGUUGCCUCAAUUCAUGUCCAAAAUACCUGAAACUGCUUCUUAACGACAAAUUAGCUUAUAAUUUCUGACCAAAGAAUAUGUUAUUUUAAUUAUAUCACAAAAUAACAUACUACAUCAUAAGAGAGCAUUUUAUUAAUAAAAGUUUAGUUUUAAAUAUUUAUUGUACUCACAAUUAGUAAAAUGAAACAUGCAAGUAUUCUUAUUUAGGAAGCUAAACAUUACGUCAUUACGUUCAACAGUAUAUUCUAUUCUUAAAAUCAACUGUGUAGUUAUGAAACUAGAUUCUUCAUUGAUGAACCAUAAUUUAUUGUUAAAGGUAAAAAUAAACUCAAAUAAUAAACGUUUUA